CCUGUGAGCAUCAGUGGGCGUGUCUUAGGUGACCGGUUUAAAGUGUGUCUAAACUCACUUGACGUCUAGUCUUUCUGUUGAGGUGCACGCGGAUCGACCACUCCUUUGGGCUAUAUUUCCGUGGAUAUUUAGGGGAAAGCUAAUUCGCAACCAUGACUGACGCGCAACAGGAGGCCCGCUCAUACUUGAGCGAGGAGAUGCUUAACGAGUUCAAGGCUGCCUUCGACAUGUUUGACACCGACGGUGGCGGUGACAUCAGCACCAAGGAAUUGGGUCAGGUCAUGAGGAUGUUGGGCCAGAAUCCGACAAGAGAGGAGUUGGAUGAAAUCAUUGAGGAGGUCGAUGAGGAUGGUAGCGGAACCAUCGACUUCGAGGAGUUCUUGGUCAUGAUGGUGAGACUCCUAAAGGAGGACCAGGCCGGCAAGUCCGAGGGAGAGUUAGCGGAAUGUUUCCGUGUCUUCGACAAGAAUGCCGACGGCUAUAUCGACAGAGAAGAGUUCGCCAUCAUCAUCCGCAGCUCUGGCGAACAAAUCUCAGAGGAGGAAAUUGAUGAGCUGUUGAAGGAUGGAGACAAGAACGCUGAUGGCAUGCUGGACUUUGACGAAUUCCUCAAGAUGAUGGAAAAUGUGCAGUAAAACGGAGACUCAUGGACAUUCCUCCUUCCUUUGACCCCUGCUGACCUAUUCUGAUCCUCUAUUGACCCACUCCAACCCCCCUCCCCCCCAUCUGGUCCAUUGCCUCCGUUCAUCCACCUCGAAACAACUAGACCUGUUCGACAGGCACCUGGUGGAGGUUACCAGAGCUUUUGAGCCCUUCCUGCUUGUGAUUAUGACGCCAAGCUGCUUGCUGCCGUUUCCCAAAUCAGGUGGGCAAGGCCGGGAUGUGAAAUUAACUGCAACUCCACAGAAUGGCUCAGUGCAUCAUAGGCACUCAGCACAACAGCCUGAAGCUGGGAGCUUAGUCAGGAAGUACUCUCAUGGGCAGCUUGUGAUUGCUGCUUAGACCAAUGUCAACAGUAAUCACAUCACUGUAAUAACAUUGUUUGAAAGAAGAAAUUAAUAAACACAUGCUCACUGGAA